CGAGCCGUAGGUGACCUCCUGUAUCCAAAAGCUUUUCCCUGAGUUAACAUGGCUGCGGCCGGCAAGCGGCUGGGACGCCGAUGAGGAAUGGACGCGAGGCUUUUCCGAGGUUUUCCCCGCGAUCCCUCAGCAAUGGCGCUCCGGUCGCGGCUCUGGGAGAAGCUGUCGGUUUGCAGGAACCCCGGGUGUGGGGUCGCAGCGCUCUCAACCAGUUCCAAGCCAGCGGCGAAGCCUGAAGUGGACCCUCUGGAAAAUGCAGCUGUUGCCCCAGAGUUCACCAAUCGGAACCCCCGCAAUCUGGAGCUCUUAGGUGUGGCCAGGAAAGAGCGGGGUUGGGGGACAACGUGGCCCUCCCGUGAGUUCUGGCACAGGUUGCGAGUUAUAAGGACUCAGCAUCAUGUAGAAGCGUUGGUUGAGCAUCGCAACGGCCAGGUUGUGGUUUCAGCAUCCACUCGGGAAUGGGCUAUUAAAAAGCAUCUUUACAGCACCAAAAACGUGGUGGCCUGUGAGAGUAUAGGACGAGUGCUGGCAGAGCGAUGCUUAGAGGCAGGAAUCAACUUCAUGGUCUACCAACCCACUCCUUGGGAGGCAGCCUCAGACUCGAUGAAACGACUACAGAGUGCCAUGACAGAAGGUGGUGUGGUGCUGCAGGAGCCUCGGAGAAUCUAUGAAUGAAAGAGGAGCAUUGUUCCGAACGUGUGAAUAUAAAACUGUGAGCUGUUGCGUCCUUCAGAAGAGAGCAUCUGGAAGAACAGCCAGCUGGGAAGUUUUGUACAAUCAUGUAACAGUGGAAUGUUAUCACCAGUUAAGGUCAUCCCCUCCUCCUCUUGUGUGUAUGUUGGGGGGCGGUGGUUUAAUUAAGGGCUAAAUUCUUCCCCUUCUUGGACAGAAGUAUCUGGGAAAAGCUGUUGCCAAUUAUAAUUAACUUUGCAAGGACAAAUUAAAUGUUGUUUAUAAGUUAAAGAAUAAACGCAGAUAUGAGCAGUUUCUGGUUACAUGAAAUCUUCUUUGCCUUUGAGCCCUCUGUGGCAAGAGUACACAUAGGAGAUUUGUGCAAACUACUUGUUACCAUGUCCAGCUCAUAGUGGUUAAUCUCAAUAAAUGACAGCUG